UCAGGUCCUUUGGUGUAGGUUAUCAAAAUGCCACCUCUUCCCCUAAAAUGAACCCCCACGCCAUUGUCACUAUCAUCUCGACAUUAACACAAUUCAUCAAACCCUAGAAUCGAAAAGGAAACCCAGCCCCCAUAGCUUUCUUCACAGUUCACCUCCUCAAAGAUCUCAUCGUUCACCAUCGGACUUUAUGCUUCCUGGAAAGAGAUCAGCUGGAGGAGAGGUAGUAGUGGAUGAAUCAUUGAUCAAGAGAACUAAGAUUGACAGCUUGAUCUCGUCUGCCGCCACCACCACUGCUGCAGCCACCACAAGCACCGGGACUUCUUCAACUGCUGUCACCAUGGGAGGAGGAAACAACCCUAAUGGUACCACCAAUGGUAAAAUGCCCAUUGGUGGUGACUCAAAUCAAACAGAUAUUGAUGAAGAUCUUCAUAGCAGACAGCUUGCAGUUUAUGGUCGGGAGACUAUGAGGCGGCUAUUUGCAUCCAACAUUCUAGUCUCUGGGAUGCAGGGCCUUGGAGCUGAAGUUGCCAAGAAUCUUAUUCUUGCUGGUGUCAAGUCCGUGACAUUGCAUGAUGAGGGAAAUGUUGAGCUGUGGGAUUUAUCAGGCAGUUUCAUUUUUACUGAAAAUGAUGUGGGAAAGAACAGAGCUCUUGCUUCCAUCCAGAAAAUGCAAGAACUUAACAAUGCUGUUGCUAUCUCUACUUUAACAACUGAAUUAACUACAGAUCAGCUAUCUCAGUUUCAGGCUGUAGUCUUCACUGACAUCAGUUUAUCAAAAGCAAUCGAAUUUGAUAACUUCUGCCAUAAACACAACCCUCCAAUUGCGUUCAUAAAAUCCGAAGUCAGGGGUCUUUUUGGAAGUGUCUUUUGCGAUUUCGGCCCUAAAUUCACAGUGUCUGAUGUAGAUGGAGAGGACCCACACACAGGCAUCAUAGCAUCUAUAAGUAAUGACAAUCCAGCCCUCAUCACAAGUGUUGAUGACGAACGUCUCGAGUUCCAAGAUGGGGACUUAGUCGUCUUUUCCGAAGUCGAUGGGAUGUCCGAAUUAAACGAUGGAAAGCCCCGAAAAGUCAUAAAUGCAAAACCGUAUUCGUUUAGCAUUGAAGAAGAUACAACAAAUUAUGGAGCUUAUAAGAAGGGCGGAAUUGUCACUCAAUUAAAACAACCGAAAGUUUUGAAGUUUAAGCCUUUGGAAGAAGCAAUUAAAGAUCCUGGGGAGUUUCUUCUUAGUGAUUUUUCGAAAUUUGAUCGGCCUCCGUUUUUGCAUUUGUUGUUUCGGGGUCUGGAUAAGUUUGUUUCCGAUUUUGGAAGGUAUCCAGGGGCAGGAUCGGAAGAAGAUGCGCGAAAAAUGAUUAAUUUGGUUAAUCAAAUGAAUGAAGAAUUGAAAGAUGGAAAGAUUGAUGAAAUUGAUGAGAAAAUUGUUAGGAGUUUUGCGUUUGGUGCAUGUGCUGUUUUAAAUCCCAUGGCUGCUAUGUUUGGAGGUAUUGUUGGACAGGAGGUUGUGAAGGCUUGUUCAGGGAAAUUUCAUCCACUACUUCAGUUUUUCUAUUUCGACUCCCUGGAGUCACUUCCCGUUGAACCCUUAGACCCCAACGACUUAAAACCCUUAAACACGCGAUACGAUGCUCAAAUCUCAGUCUUCGGAUCCAAACUCCAAAAAAAACUGGAAGAAGCCAAAGUCUUCAUAGUGGGGUCCGGUGCCCUCGGGUGCGAAUUCCUAAAAAACCUGGCCUUAAUGGGCGUCUCAUGUGGCCAAUCCGGAAAACUCACAAUCACAGACGAUGACGUCAUCGAAAAAAGCAACCUCAGCCGUCAAUUCCUCUUCCGCGACUGGAACAUCGGUCAAGCAAAGUCAACCGUAGCCGCCACAGCGGCCACCUUAAUAAACCCAAACCUCAAAAUCGAAGCCCUCCAAAACCGGGCCAGCCCCGACACCGAAAAUGUCUUCAACGACACUUUCUGGGAAAACCUAAGUGUGGUGGUGAACGCGCUUGAUAAUGUAACUGCUCGGCUUUAUAUCGAUCAGAGGUGUUUGUAUUUUCAGAAACCGCUUCUGGAAUCGGGGACUUUGGGGGCGAAGUGUAACACGCAGAUGGUGGUCCCGCAUUUGACUGAGAACUACGGGGCGUCGCGGGACCCGCCGGAGAAACAGGCGCCGAUGUGUACGGUGCAUUCGUUUCCGCAUAAUAUUGACCAUUGUUUGACUUGGGCGAGGUCGGAGUUUGAGGGGUUGUUGGAGAAGACGCCUGCGGAGGCGAAUGCGUAUUUGGGGAAUCCCGGGGAGUAUACUGCUGGGAUGGAGAAAGCAGGGGAUGCUCAGGCGAGGGAUAAUUUGGAACGGGUUCUUGAAUGUUUGGAGAAGGAGAGAUGUGAGUCGUUUGUGGAUUGCAUCACGUGGGCCCGCUUAAAGUUUGAAGACUACUUUGCUAACCGCGUGAAACAGCUAACAUUCACAUUCCCUGAAGAUGCGGUCAACAGCAGCGGGUCUCUAUUCUGGUCCGCCCCAAAACGUUUCCCCCGCCCUCUCGACUUCUCAGUCAACGACCAAAGCCACCUCAACUUCGUAAUAGCCGGUUCCAUUCUCCGGGCGGAAUCAUACGGGAUUCCGAUUCCGGAUUGGGUCAAAUCCCCCACCAAAUGCGCUGAAGCCGUCAGCAAAGUCAUCGUCCCUGAUUUCGAAGCCAAAAAAGACGUCAAAAUCGUAACCGACGAAAAAGCCACCAGCAUGUCCACCGCUUCCAUCGAUGACUCAGCUGUCAUAACUGACUUAAUCAAGAAACUUAAAGCCUGCCAUCAGAAGCUUCCAGAAGGUUUCCGAAUGAACCCCAUUCAGUUCGAAAAGGAUGAUGACACGAAUUACCACAUGGAUUUAAUCGCGGGACUUGCGAACAUGCGAGCGCGAAACUACAGCAUCCCGGAAGUCGAUAAACUGAAAGCGAAAUUCAUCGCCGGAAGAAUCAUCCCCGCCAUAGCCACCGCCACCGCCAUGGCCACCGGAUUUGUCUGUCUGGAGCUUUACAAAGUCCUCUCCGGGAACCACAAAGUGGAGUCCUACCGCAACACUUUCGCCAACCUGGCACUCCCGCUGUUUUCCAUGGCGGAACCGGUCCCACCGAAAGUUAUCAAACAUCAGGAUCUGACGUGGACUGUGUGGGACAGGUGGAUCCUACGUGACAACCCGACUUUGCGUGAGCUUCUUCAGUGGCUUAAGAAUAAAGGUUUGAAUGCUUAUAGUAUUUCGUAUGGGAGUUGCUUGUUGUUUAACAGUAUGUUCCCGAGGCAUAAGGAUCGGAUGGAUAAGAAGAUGGUGAAUUUGGCUAAGGAGGUGGCGAAGGCGGAUUUGCCGAGUUAUAGGAAGCAUUUUGAUGUGGUGGUGGCUUGUGAGGAUGAUGAGGAUAAUGAUGUUGAUAUUCCUCAGAUUUCCAUUUAUUUCAGGUAGAGUGUCUUUGUCUGUCUGUCUUGUUGGUUUUUGGUUUUUAGUAACUGGUUGGUUGGUUGGUUGGUUGGAUGGAUAUGAUGGUACUUAUAAACUAGUAAAACCGAGGGGUGUUAUUGUAAGAUUUGUCUUUUCUUUGGGACGUGGUUCGAUUUCCGAUUUAUCAUGCUUUCUUUUUUGUUUUUA